UACAAUAAGAGUUUAAGAGUCGAGACAUGGCAUACAAUGUGUUUGGCAACCCCAUUACUAACACAACAUUGAGAGGGUUACCUGAGUACUGCGAAAAACAAACUAUAACACGUACGGAUAAAGCACACGUAGCCCUUAACGGGAAGAAAGAAGGAGUCAAGUAUGAAAACGCUCGUCAACACGUGCAGAAGUUAAAAGAGGAAUGGGGAGUGGGAGUGUCUACUCUGUGCCUAAUUUAUAACGCAACCGGGGGGCCUGUGUACUACGUGACUAGCCACAACUACUUAGGUCAUAUCGGACCAGCUCCGUACCCUCAAAUGAUUGCGAAUGGCCAGUGGGCUGCAUUUUUCCAUGUCAAGACAACUGGGGAGCUGAGCGGCUCCACCGCCGCCGUGGUUUAUCGCGGCAAAAAUGAAGCUGGGCAAGAAUGCGAUUGGAUGCUGGGUUGGUCCAACCCAUACGACACAAACAAGUGGAAGAACAUGGUUUAUACUGAGAUCAAGGAAGCGAACCACUUUGAAGAUGGCAGCCUUUGGGGUUCAAUUGCAGAUAAGAUGUACCAGUGUGGUAUGUUUGAAUCAGGCAAUUGGAAUGGAUGCGUAUCCUAUGUGUCAACUGAGAGCAACACAUCCCCUGUAUUUGAGGCGACAAUGACCGUAAAAAAAGCCUAACUUUCCUCCGCUUGCAUUUCGUCGAGCAGCUGGUGGGCAAUGAUGUCCGGCAUGAUGGUGUCUCUUCCUAUCUAUUUUCAUAUUUAUCGUGUUCUAAUUUUUGUCUUUUAAUUUGGAAGCCUUUUUAAAGGUUGUAAUAAAAUUCUUAAUUAAUAAUAUUACUGUGAUGAUAUUAUUUAAAUUUAAUUAAUUAAAUAUGAAUAAUUGUGGCAUCAUUUCCAAUUAAAAACA